AUAUUGGAUUCAAGUUCUUUGCAUCUUAUCUGAAUUAAAGAUAGAUGGAAUUUAUCUGAUAACAUGUUAUCACGAUUCCGAAUGCAUCCUCAGUUGCUGAGAUAUAUUCUUUCAUAAUCCUGUGUCUAGAGAAUGGAGAAACAGUCAAUUAGGUAGUUAACUAAACUACUACAAUUCAUGAAUGACCACUCUUAGAAAAAUAGCUGAACAAAAUUUUCAGCAAAAUGGCUUGUGGGAAUCUUUUUUCUACUAAUUUGUUUGUACCAGAAUUCGAUCAAAUCAUCAACAUUUUAGAAAGAGGAACAUUAAUCACAAGAUUUUAUUUGAAAAAAAGACCAGAAAAGCGUACUCUUCGGUUGCGUGUUGAAACUAGACAACUUUUAUGGUCGAGGACUACUAGUUCCAAUACUAAAAUAUUUGAUGGAUGUUUGGAUUUAAGAGAUGCUAAAGAAGUACGGUUUGGUAGAAGUAGUAAAGAAUUUGAAAGAUGGCCUGACGAAUUAAAAAAAUAUGAAUCUACUAAAUGUUUUGUGGUGUUUUAUGGCAAUGAGUUCAAGUUGAAAACUCUUUCUGUUGUUGCUUUAUCUGAGCAAGAGUGUGAAUUAUGGUUGAGAGGGUUAUAUCAUCUUGUAAAUGAUACAGUUUGUGCUCCAUAUCCUUUACAAGUUGAAAGAUGGUUACGCAAAGAAUUUUACAGCAUGGAAAAUUUAAGAGAAACAGUAACAUUGAAGGAUGUAAAAACAUUUUUGCCUCGUGUUCACUGCAAAAUUUCUACUAGUAAAUUACGUGAAUUGUUCCAAGAAGUUGAUUCAAGAAAACGUAAUGAACUUAAUUUUGAUGAAUUUGUCAGUCUGUACAAUAAACUUAUCUGUAAUGCAGGAAUAUUCAAAGAGUGCUUUUCUAUGUAUUGUUCAGCUGAUGAUACUUUUAAUGUUCAAAAUCUUACCAGAUUUUUAAACGCAGAACAAGAAAGUUUAUGUCUUGAAGAAGAAAUUGUUGCUAAGCAUAUGAAAGAAUAUUUUCAGUAUUGUGAAAAGAAUUCAAAUGAAAAAUUAGUAUUUACUUCAACUGAUUUUAUGGAUUACUUGUAUUCAAAGCAAAAUGAAGUUUGGGAUCAAUAUUAUGACAAUAUAUAUCAAAAUAUGACCAGGCCCCUAACACAUUAUUGGAUAUCUUCAUCUCAUAAUACUUAUUUAACUGGAGAUCAAGUAUCAAGUGAAAGUUCAAUAGAAGCAUAUGCUAGAUGCUUACGAUGGGGAUGCCGUUGUAUUGAAUUGGACUGCUGGGACGGACCAGAUGGAUUACCGAUCAUUUACCAUGGUCAUACAUUGACUAGUCGAAUCAAAUUUUUAGAUGUUUUAAAGACAAUCAAAGAACAUGCUUUUAUUACUUCUCCAUAUCCAGUAAUACUGUCAAUUGAAGAUAACUGUUCUAUACCACAACAAAGAAAUAUGGCUGCAACUAUGAUUGAAAUUUUAGGUGAUAUGUUGCUUACUCAACCUAUUGACAAAAAUGAAACUAAAAUGCCAUCCCCUGACCAAUUAAUGUACAAGUUUAUAGUGAAGCACAAGAGACUUCCUGAAAAAGAUAGUGAUCUAGCUAUAGCUUUUAAACCUCAUGAAGAUCAAACUGAUUUAAGAAAUACAAUUAAAAAUGGUGUUCUUUAUUUGGAGGAUCCGACAGAAAAACAAUGGAAACCACAUUUUUUUGUUUUAUCUGGCACUAAACUGUACUAUACAGAUCUGUGUAAAAAUGACGUCGAUAAUGAUGAAGAAAUUGAAGGAGGUGAAAUUGAUAAUUCUGAUGUAUCUAGUACCACACGGUUAAGAGAAGGAAUCCCUAAUGAUGAAUUGCAUUUUGGAGAAUACUGGUUUCAUGGAAAACUUGCACGUGGAAGGAAUGAAGCUGAAGAAUUACUAAAACAGUAUAAACAUUUUGGUGAUGGUACCUUUUUAGUUCGACAAAGUGAUACAUUUGUUGGUGAUUAUUCUCUUUCUUUUUGGCAUCAAGGAAAAGUAAAUCACUGUAGAAUUCGAUCAAAACAUGAUAGAGGUCAAUUGAAAUAUUAUUUAAUUGAAGGUUCUGUUUUUGAUAGUUUGUAUAGUUUAAUUACUUAUUACCGAUCUUAUCCAUUGCGUAUACAUGAGAAUUAUCUUGUAUUAAGUGAACCUGUACCUCAGCCUUUAAAACAUGAAGGAAUGGUUUGGUAUUUACCUCAUGUUUGCCGAAGUCGAGCAGAAGCAUUAUUAAGACGUGUACCUCAUGAAGGAGCAUUUCUAGUUCGCCCAUGUGAAAAUGAUAAGCAUUUGUUUGCUAUUUCAUUUAGAGCUGAAAAUAAAAUUAAGCACUGUCGUAUAAAAUUAGAAGGUCGUUUAUACACUAUUGGUAUAAAACAAUUUGAAAGUCUCGUAGAAUUAAUCAAGUUUUAUGAACAAAACUAUUUAUAUAGAAAAAUAAAAUUAUGGUUUCCUGUUAAUGAAGACAUCGUUCAGAGGAUGGGAACUGAAACUGAUGAUUCGUCUAUAUCAAGUACUCCUGGUUACAUGGAUCCCAGCAAUUUCAUUAAAAAAGUUACAGUAAAAGCAACUUUUGAUUAUGAAGGGCGACAAGAAGAUGAACUAUCAUUUUGUAAACACGCUGUAAUCACUAAUGUUGUCAAGCAAGAUAGUGGUUGGUGGCGUGGUGAUUAUGGUGGCAAAAGACAACAUUGGUUCCCUAGUAAUUAUGUUGAAGAAUUACAUGAAGCACACAUAGAGAAUUCUGAUAGUGGGUCGACUGAGUCUAUGUUCUUAGGCAGUUCUCAAAAAGGUAGUUUGGACCUGACUGGUGCACUAGUUGAAAUUGGGAAGUUAAAUCAACCAAAACUUGAAUGGAUGAUCAAAAUACAAAUGUCUAAUGCUUGUACACCUUUUGUUGUGGGUUCAGUAUCACGAGAACAAGCGGAAGAAUGGAAAAAUCUAAUUGUUGAAACUGCUCAUAAUGCCAGUGCCAAAGAAACAGAAAAUAAAAAAAUGGAACGGCAGUUGAAAAUAGCUAAGGAAAUGUCAGAUUUAAUUAUUUAUUGUAGAUCAGUUGCUUUUUGUUUAGAAUCACAACGUGAACGUGGUUUUUUGUACAAUGAAAUGUCAUCCUUUCCUGAAAAUAAAGCUGAAAAAAUUAUGUGUCACCAAGAAAGCAAUUAUUUUUUUAAGUAUCAUCAAAUACAAUUCAGUAGAGUGUUUCCAAAAGGUCAACGAAUUGAUUCCUCAAAUUACUCUCCUAUAAAUAUUUGGAAUACUGGUUGCCAGAUGGCUGCACUAAACUACCAAUCUCCUGAUAAAGCUAUGCAAUUAAACCAAGCUAAAUUUCGACUUAAUGGAGGAUGUGGCUAUGUGUUAAAACCAGAUUAUAUGUUUGAAGAAAGUGAUACUUUUACAAACAAUUGGAUGGAUGAAACUUUGUCUGUAACAAUUUGUGUAAUAGCUGGAAGACAUGUUGGUAGACCUGGCCGUAAUGGUAUUUCAAAUCCAUUUGUCGUAGUCGAAGUGCACGGAGCAGAAGUAGACUCUGGAUUAAAAUUAAAUACUCAUACUAUCACGGACAAUGGAUUUAAUCCUGUUUGGAAUGAGACGUCAGAGUUUGAGAUAACAAAUCCAGCAAUUGCUUUUAUUCGAUUUGUUGUUAAUGAUGAGGAUAUGUUUGGUGAUCCAAAUUUUAUUGGUCAAGGAACUUAUCCUAUUAUUUCAUUGAGAUCUGGCUAUCGCAGUGUUCCUUUAAAAAAUGGUUAUUCAGAAGAUAUUCCUUUAGCUUCUCUUUUAGUUCACAUAACUAUAAGAAGUAACACAGAAUUGUUAUCAUCUGAAAGUGUUAUUCAGUCACCAAUUGAAUGAUUAAUAUGUCCACAAAAAUUAUAUUAACAUUUUAUUUAAGUAUGGUGUAAAUAUAGCUAACAUUAUUAAAUUAGUUGAAAGCUAUAAAAAUAAUAUCAACUUUAAUGUAUGUCAAAAGAAUAUUUUACAUAAACACUAAGACAUCAGUUUAUAAUUUUGUAAGAACAUUUUUGCAAAUUAAACUGUAAAAAUACCUAUUGGAUUAAAAAACAAUUUCUAAUACAUUUUUUAAAACAAUUUUAGCCUAAAAU